AUGCCAACUUUAAGAUUACCACCUUUACCAAAUAUAAGAGAAGUUUUAAAAAUGUAUCACUUGAGAGCCAUGAAACAACUUUCUCAGAAUUUUAUCUUGAAUGAAAAUUUGACAGAUAAAAUAAUAAAAAGAGCAGGAGUUCUCUCUGAUUGUCAUGUAAUAGAAGUGGGUCCUGGUCCUGGUGGUUUAACUCGAUCUAUUAUAAAACGUGAACCAGAAAAAUUAAUUGUUAUAGAAAAAGAUAAAAGAUUUGAACCAUCAUUAGAAAUGUUGGCAGAUGCUUUUGCAGCUGUGAAUGGUAAAAUGGAAAUCAUUUUUGGUGAUGUCAUGACAUUUCAUAUGGAAAAUAUUCUACCAUCAACUGAAACAAAAACUUGUACAGAUAAAAGUCCAAAAAUUAAAAUAAUUGGUAAUUUACCAUUUAAUGUAUCAACACCUCUCAUAAUAAAAUGGCUACGUGCAAUUAGUGAAAAAACAGGUCCUUGGAAAUUUGGAAGAACUAGAAUGACAUUAACAUUUCAGAAAGAAGUUGCUGAACGCAUAAUAGCUGAACCACUAGAUGCACAAAGAUGUAGAUUAUCUGUGAUGGCACAAGCUUGGACACGGCCAAUAUUACAUUUUAUUAUACCUGGUACAGCAUUUCUUCCCAAGCCAGAUGUUGAUGUUGGCCUUGUAACAUUUGUACCUUUAACUGUUCCACGAACGAAACAUGAAUUUCCAAUUUUUGAGAAAGUAACACGACACAUUUUUAGUUUUCGCCAAAAAUACAGUAUACGAGGUAUUGAAACAUUAUUUCCUGCAGAAUAUCGAACUGAAUUGGGACAAAUGAUGUAUAAACUUGCUGAUUUGGAUCCUCAAAAAAGACCAAUGACACUUACAGUAGAAGAUAUUGAUAGUCUUGUUAGUGCAUAUAAAUAUUUGUUAGAAAAAUAUCCAAAUCUAAAGUUUUAUGAGUAUCGUACGUCUCGCCAUAUAGUAUCAUUAUCUCAAACAAAGAAUAUAGAAGUUGUACAAUGUAUAAAUUAA